ACAAAGAUGGCUGCAGGGAUGAUUUUGUCUUCUACUCAUGAAUUUGUCUGCAUUGCUGAGUGGAUUCAAUAAAGUUUAUUUAGGCGGUCCAAUAAAGAAUCGACGAUUUCAUUUUGCCAGUGUUUAUCAAAUAUACGGAAUGUUCUCGUGUUGUACAAAUGCAGACAAAUUCAUAACACAAAAGACCGAAAAGAAGAUGGCACAGAUGUUGGCGCAGUCUUCGAGUUCGAGCUCCUCGUUGCCCUCGAGGGGAUCUUCUAUGGACUCGAUGAAGUAUGGCGGGACUGCACGCCAAAUAUCGUUUGACCUCAAGGGUAUGGAACAUGAGGGGGCGUACUAUGUCCAGAAACAGCAGCUUCACGCGGCGUACGCGCAUACGCAGCUGGAACACAAGUGCAAAUUGGACAUUGACUCGGAACCCAACACGAUUCGUAUGACAGGAAUCAUUUGCACAAUAGGUCCAGCAUGCCGUGAAGUAAAGAUUUUACAGAAGAUGAUUAUAGAGGGAAUGAACAUAGCCAGACUGAAUUUCUCACAUGGAACACAUGAGUACCAUGCCGAUACUAUUAAGAAUGUCAGAGACGCAAUUUCGCAAUUUAGUCAUCCUCGGCCAGUUUCGAUCGCCCUGGAUACCAAAGGUCCCGAGAUAAGGACAGGAUUACUAGCAGGGGGAGCAUCGGCAGAACUUAAAUUAGAGACGGGUAAAAAGAUAAAGAUUACUAUAAAUGAUGAGUAUUACGACAAAGGAACCGAGGAUUGUAUAUGGGUGGACUAUAAAAAUAUUGUGAAAAUUAUGAAAGUUAACGAUAGAAUGUUUAUCGAUGACGGACUCAUUUCAGUAGUUGUAAAAGAAGUUGGUGCGGACUAUAUGAUGUGUGAAAUUGAGAAUGGAGGAGACCUUGGAAGUAAGAAAGGUUGUAAUCUACCCGGUAUCGCAGUGGACUUGCCCGCAGUAUCAGAGAAAGAUAUAGAAGAUCUCAAGUUUGGGGUGGAGCACGGUGUAGACAUGGUAUUUGCUUCAUUCAUCCGUUCAGCCGACGGUGUCAGACAAAUACGACAAAUUCUCGGCGAGAAAGGACGACACAUAAAAAUUAUCUCUAAAAUAGAAAAUCACGAGGGUGUUAAAAAAUUUGAUGAAAUUCUGGCAGUAACAGAUGGUGUUAUGGUUGCCCGUGGUGACUUAGGUAUUGAAAUUCCUCCAGAGAAAGUUUUCUUGGCACAGAAGAUGAUGAUUGGUAGAUGUAAUAGGGCUGGCAAGAGUGUCAUCUGCGCUACACAGAUGUUAGAGAGUAUGGUUAAGAAACCCCGUCCAACACGUGCCGAGACAAGUGAUGUAGCUAACGCUGUCCUAGAUGGCGCUGACUGUGUUAUGUUGUCAGGGGAAACAGCAAAGGGAGACUACCCAUUGGAGGCUUUGAAAAUCAUGCACAAGAUCUGUAGAGAAGCUGAAUCGGCUAUAUUCCAUCAUCAGCUGUUUGAAGAAUUAAGACGCGAAACCCCGACCCCAACAGAUCCCCCACAUACUGUAGCCGUAGCCGCUGUAGAAGCCUCGUUCAAAUGUAUGGCCUCAGCAAUUAUUGUUAUCACUACAACUGGAAGAUCUGCAUUUUUAAUCUCAGCAUACCGACCACGAUGUCCAGUAUUGGCCAUUACCCGAAACGCUCAAACAGCGAGACAAGGGCAUAUGUACCGCGGCGUUUUCCCGAUCCAUUAUGUUGAUGGUGUACUUAAUGAAUGGACUGUGGAUGUAGACAGAAGAAUUUACAAAGGAAUUCAAGUCGGCAUGGACAGAGGUUUCAUCCGAGUUGGUGAUCCAGUUGUUGUUGUAUCAGGCUGGAAACCGGGCUCUGGUUCAACGAACACAAUGAGAGUCAUCAACGCCACAGAUCCACGCGGUUCCUCCCUGUUGGCGCCUAUAACGGGAAUUACCAGUGUACCAAGUUUCAACAAAAUCGAAGGAGAAAUUCCAUCAGAUUUCGAGGGCAUGAGCGUUCCAAGCAUAACGAGCGGAAGUGGCGAUGACAUUAAAUUUUUCUAAAAAACUGACAUUUCUUACAGUGAUAAUGACUUCAUUAUCUGGGCUUUGACAUUCGUCAAGAGUUAAAAGGCAUUAUAUUGGAAAGGAUUUUAAAAGUUUUGAAACAUUUAGUGGUGUUCUACUCAUGCAUUGUUUUAUAAGGUUAAAAGUUUUUCAAAUUUAGUAGUGUAAUACCUACUGAACAGGUGAUUUUUAUAAGCUUGAAAAAAAAAAUGCACACCAGAUGGCAUAUCAUUGCAACAUACACAAUCUUCAGAAGUUUUAUAAUAAAAAAUAGAAGGCUGAUUAUAUACUCACAAUAGUUUAGUUGGAACUAUUUUUUUGAUUGUAAUAUGCAUAGCAUCAACAGCUUAUUUAUUGUAAAAAUAGUUGAUUUUGAAAUGGUACAUAAACUGUUACAUACUUGGCCAUAAGUCGUCUGAUUUUUAACCCUAGAAAGGCAGCAAAACUUAACCCUGAACUUUUAAGCCGAAUUUUUGUAAGAAGUGCAUUUUCCUGUCUGUUAAACAAAGUCUUAUACCUUCGUUUGUUUUGUGUCCCCCGACUUAUAAAUGAGACAGACCUAUUGUUGAGUAUAUGUACGGUACUAUGUUAUAUGAUUAAUGUUGACAUACUAAGUGCACCAUUCGACAAGAAUUUUGAAUUUUUGUGUAAGGGUUCCUUCAUGCUUUUUGAAAUGUUUUACAUUUUGUCUUUUGAACCAGUAAAAAUGCAGCUUUCUGUUACUGUUUCCCGAGUCCUUUAUUUGUACUUUUUUUUAUUUUUAAUUGUGUGCUGGAAUCAGAUGUGUUUUUCACUAAAAAUAGCAAUUCUUAAAAAAUUUAUAUGAACUUUAAAAAAAAAGCAUAUGUUAUUCAUAUGUGGUGUAAAAAAACUUAAGCUGACUGAUACAUACAUGUUUGAAUUACAUAGUCAAAAGGUAAAAUACUUUAAAGAGAAAUUUGAUAUACCAAGGUAUGGGUCAAUGAAUAUAAAUCUUGAGUCUGAAGACCAGCCUAAAAUACCAGGCUCUGAUUGAUCGAUUUUCAAAUCAGUCUUGAAAUUGACCAAUAGUAAGGCUGCAUUUUUUAGACUGGUCUUUAAGCUCAGUUUUAUAACCUUGUGUCUUGUUCUUUUAUGUGUAAAUGGUUAUGAUUUUUGUUCAUUGUUAAUGGAAAAUCAUGUGCCAAUUGUUGAUAUUUUAACUGCUUAAUUUUUGCAUUGCUUGUGUUUGAUUAGGCACUAUACAUGUAGUUUUUUUAACAAUGAUAUUUUCUCAUUUUGACACAACACAAAAUCAGGGUCACUAUUCAGUAUUUUGUUUUUUAUGAAAAUGACUUCAAUUUUGAUUUCUUCAGUAAGAAACUACAUGGUACAUGCAUUUAUACAACUCUGGAGCAUUGUACGUUUCAAGAGACUCAAAUUCUCAGUGCAGUGCAGGACGUUAUGCUACAGUAUAAAUGAAGUAGCCAAAAAUUAUAUUUAUUCAGCAUUAUUUUUUUUUUUUAAAAACUGCAUGUCACGAUAAAGAGGAAGAGUAAUUCUGGCUAUAUAUGUUGUAGUCUAAAUGUUUUCCUUUCGUGAAAUUGUUUCUCCUUGGCCACCAUUUAUUGUUACGAAAAUGUACAUAAUUACGAUUUAGAAUAGAACAAAUUGUUGGUCUUUCAAGUCUUAUGGUGUAAUAUAGAGUGAUAUAUUCAAUAUAUGAGCCGUGUCAUGAGAAAAGCAACAUAGUGGGUUUGCGACCAGCAUGGAUCCAGACCAGCCUGCGCAUCCGCGCAGUCUGGUCAGGCUCCAUGCUGUUCGCUUUUAAAGCCUAUUGGUAUUGGAGAAACUGUUAGCGAACAGCAUGGAUCCUGAUCAGACUGCGCGGAUGAGCAGGCUGGUCUGGAUCUAUGCUGCUCGACACCCACUAUGUUGGUUUUGUCAUGGCACAGCUCAUAUAUAAAACCUGCUUGAUUUUGCAUUGUAAAGAGAACUGAUUUGUCAUUGAGUUAAACAAACAAGAAAAACACCUAUACUAAAAUCUUAAAUAAACAACACUUGACGCGUGGACUGUUGAGAGAAUAUUACAUUAAUUAUGAUAUCAAAAUUUUGCUUGACGUCGGGUUUUAAAUUUCAGAACGUCUGAACACUGAAACGUGGAAAAUCAGGCUAUAAACCACAUGACGGUCUUAAUUAUUUGUUAAAUAUGCUGUACACACAAGUUAUGUUUGUGGCAAACGGCUUAAUUUGAGAGUUGAUUGCAAACCGUUUUGUACCUUUAUUUUUACGGUUAUUCAAAUGGGCAACUUGAAUGAAAAGUUUGUUGAUGUACUAUUUGUAUAAUCUUUUGUAUGUCAGUUUAUAUUUUGGUUCAGAUUCACCAGGAUGUGAUGUUGUUUCAAUUUUCUGCGAUGUUUUGUUAUGCAAAAUGACAUAUUGUAUAAAAUCUUUUUCCUUUGCGACAUAUUUUUGCAGAUGCUAAUUAAAUUUUCUGUAUAGCAAAGUUUAGAACUAUUUCAGUUUAAUGCUAAAAUGUUGAGAAUUUUAUUGAACAUUGGCAAAAGUAAUUAAUAUCAUAGAAAAAAUAUUUGUUUAUGAUAUUGUGUCCUUAUUUUUGGGACACUUUUCAAAGUAACUAUUUUUCGAGAAAUAAGUCUUGGGACAGUGAAAAAAAUAAUUAUUUUAUGCUGUCCCAACACUUCGGGGGAAAAUAUGGUAAUAGCAUUUAGAAAUAGUCCACACUUGAAAUAGUGUUUUACAAACAAUACAUGUUUUGUGUCUUUCCUGAAACAUGACUCAAGUGCUGUUAUUGUGCUCUUUGUACUGUGCUUACUUUGUCUUGUAGUUUGAUACUUUGUUACAACUGUUGUAUAUUCUUAGUACAUACAAGGAAGAAUUAAUA